GACGGAAUUUACUAUUUGCAAGCGUCUGGAUUCUUCAAGCGUCAGCAAAUCAGGAAAUGAUUAAAAAUGGGAACUUUUGUUAUUUUGGUUAUUUUUUGUUUGAUUAAGCUUGGAAACCCUCAAUUACCAGACUCUGUUAUCCUUCUCCAAAACAAGAAUGGUGAGUGCAGCAGUAUUUGGAACCCAGAGGUGAAAUGGCUUCAAGACAGAGAUGUCUUCAGUAUCUAUUCACAAACUGUGGAACAGGAUUUCUAUGAAGCAGACAGAAAUUGUGUAGUGACUCUAGUUGGAAAAAUUGGAUAUCAAUGGGAGAUUACAGUGACCAAGUUUGAUGUAGAGGGAACAACAACUUCCAAUGGUAUACCAGUAAAGUGCAAUGACUUUGUCAAGCUGUAUGACUCUGAGAGAUGUGACAAUGCCAAGCUGCUGAAAGGUGUAAACUUCGAGACUGGGAUGUGUGGUACCAUAAAGGAGUCUGAGAUUGGAAAUCUCAUCUUUACAACCUGUGCAAACAAGCUCACAAUUCAGUUCAAGACAGACAUAUUUCAGACAUUCCGGAGAGGGUUUGCAAUGAAUCUUAGACAGUUUCCAUGGAGUAACCCUACUGGAGGCCCUGACUGUGAUCCAGAACUCAAUGGAAUAGCUGCAGGAGUUUGGAGGGACGGUACAUUUAGUGAGUUCCAGAACACGUGGAAUGAGCAGCCAAUUAUACCAGGUUACGUGCCGACUGGCACGGAGACAGACUACGAUAAGGAAAUCAAUGGAGUACAGUGUUACGAGUGUACAAGUUGUCCAGUGGAACCAUUUGAUCCUGACAAGGAUGGCACAGCAAAAGCCAGUAAUUGUUACGUGUGCUCCAAGGUCUGGGAUGAUGAAUACUACAAGGCAAUGAGAAAAUGCUACACAAGAACAAACUACCUUAGUGUAAUACAGUCUAUCAGAGAGAUUGAUGAACCAUUCCUAGGUUGUCAGAAGACAGCUGAUGACUUUGGACGAUCUGUGAACUACUGUUUCUGUGACUCAGAUUUAUGUAACAAGUCUGGGAGGAUGAUGAUCAGUUACCUUGCAAUGUCUUUAACACUGUUAAUUUCCAUCCUGCAUAUGUGCUUCUUGUGACUUGGAGUAUUGAUUCAGAUUUGAAAGUGUAUUAAUGCAGUAAGAGACAUUAUACCUGUCAGGGACAAACAGGCAUUAUAUCAUUGUAUUUCAGGAAUGCUGUAGAUAGAUUUUGUCAAGUACUGAAUUUAAGGUCAGAAAUAGAAGUAAAUCAGACCACAGUAGAUGUAAAAUCAACUGAAACUUUCUACAAAACAUGCGGAUUUUGCGUGAUAUCUUACAAUUUAUGUUGUGAAAGAACUUCCGUAGUUUAUAUAUACAUGUAGUGUAGUCACCAUAAGUUGACCAGGCUUAAAUUAGCACUCAAAUUAGUUUUACCAUUUAUUUAGCUGAUCUGAACUGAAAUUUCAGGGUGAGCUAUGGGUAUAAGUGGAUGUUCAAGCAUCCAGUGUCCAUCGUUCACAAUUUUACAUAAACUUCACUUCUGAAGCAACUGGUCAGAAUUACACCAAACUUAGUCUGUAGAACCCUGGCAAGAUGCUCUCUCAAGUUUGUUCAUAUGGUUCCCUUUUUAGGGGCUGCUAGAGCUGAAAAUAGAAAUACCUUUAAACAAAUUCUCAUGAACCACUUGAUAGAUCUUCUUCAAACUUAAUCUAUAGCAUCACCUCAAGGUUCUAUUCCAGUUCAUUCAAUUGGGUCAAUUGACCCCAUUUUAAGUGUGGGUUGCUGUAGCUAGAAAUAGGUAUACCUUAAAAAAACCUUUAAACAACUUCUUCUGGUAAAAUGCUUGAUGGGUCGUCAUCAAAGCUGAUUAAUGGCCUCAUUUUAGUGGUCUCACCCAAAUUCAUUCAUAUUGGGUGCUUGGUCCCCUUUAGGGUUCACUAGCUCUGAUUAGAUCGUCAGCAAAUUUGGUCUGUAACAUUAUUAUGAGGUCCACUUCCAAUUUUGUUCAAAUAGGUGCAUUAGGCCCCUUUUAAGGGACAGCUAUAGCUAAAAGAAAAGGAAGUAUCUUUAAAACUAUCUCAUGAAAUGCUUGAUGGAUUCUCAUCAGAUUUGGUUUAUAGUAUGGUUUUAGUGUCCUCUCAGAAAAGAGGCGCUUGGACGCUAUUAUGAGCCGCUAGAGCUAAAAAUAGAAAUACAUUAGAAUUACGGAUCUUCAUCAAACUUGGUUUGUAGCAUCAUUAUAAUGUUAUUUUCCAAUUUGUUCAAAUGGGGGCACUUGACCUUUUUAGGGGUUGCUAAAGCUAAAAAUAAAAAAACAAAACAAAAAAACUUUAAAUUACUUCUAAUGAACUGCUUGUUGGAUCUUCAUUAAACUGGAUCUGUAGCAACUGUCACAUUGGAAAAAUCAAAUUUCAUAAUUAGAAAUACAUGUACUAUUUUACAUAUUGUCACAGAAUACACUUCUGUUUUAAAUGCGUUCAUAGUAACUACAAAAGAAAACUUUAUUGAUAACAUAUUUUCUGUCAGAUUUCUUACAUGACUUGACAUUACAUUUUUGCUUUACUAUCUUUGUAUCAGCAAAGUCCAUGUUUACUAUGAUGUGAUGUGUGUAUACACAUUCCAAAGAUGUUUAUUUGGUUUUGGUUUUAAAAAUUACAUUUUUAGAAUGCUGUAGUUUUGUAGUAAAUAUUUCAAAGUAAAUAUAAUGAGCCGCGUCAUGGGAAAACCAACAUAGUGGGUUUGCGACCAGCAUGGAUCCAGACCAGCCUGCGCAUCCGCACAGUCUGGUCAGGAUCCAUGCUGUUCGCUAAUGGUUUCUCUCAUUACAAUAGGCUUUGAAAGCGAAUAGCAUGGAUCCUGAACAGAGUGCGGAUGCGCAGGCUGGUCUAGAUCCAUGCUGGUCGCAAACCCACUAUGUUGGUUUUCUCAUGGCACGGCUCAUUUAACUUUGAUAGAUAAAAAAGAGCCUUCAUUCAUUUUGUGAGGUAAUACAAACAUCUUUUUAUUUGAAUCAGUCCUCAGGGUCGAGUGGAUACGAUACAUCACUUCAGAUUGUACAGUUACUGCGUUUUUAUCUUUUGAUUGACAUUAUUAAAUUGUAUAAAUACAUAUCAUAGACUAAUAAUGCUCAUUUUAAGAACAUUCCAUACAUUUGUUUUUAUAAUAAUUAUCUGUAUGAUAUUUACAUUUUUUUCUGUGAUUUUUAUUAGGGAAAUUUUUAUCAUUGUAUCAGCCUUAUAUUAGUAAAAUUGGAGUUUCAUUUUAACCUUUAGCCAGCUAAAUUUCUAAAAUGGACUGGUCUAUCAUUCAAGUUAGGCAGUGCCAUUUAUUAUUUGAAGGGGAGUUCAAUGAAACUUUACUGAUUGAAUAGCAAACAGUGCAGAUCAUGAUCAGACUGCACGGAUAUCUGUACCUUUAUAUGUUGAUUUUAAGGAAGUUCUGCAUGUUUGGUAAACCAAAAAUAAUUGCGUUCCAUCAUUUAUAUGGAAAAAACAAAGAAUAACACCUGGAUUUGGCACCCGGAAAUGAAAAUCAUUUUGUUCUAUGAAUUAAUGGUAGUGAGUUCAUUUACGAAAACAGCAACAUUUCUAUUUUUCAAAAAUUGAAGAAUUUGACAUAUGAAAUGAUUUCAAAUUGUUUCUUAGAAUAGGCUUGAAAAGUGCAUAUCUCUUUAACUAUGGGCAGAUAUCUCAAAAACAAGCUUACUGACCUAUACAUUUUAUUUCACCAUAUUAUAGAAUAUAUAUAUUUACGACUGUGAGAAUUUUCAUUAAAAUCUACAUUCAAUUUGUAGAAAAUAUUUACAAUAAUUGUGAACCAUGUUGUUACAAUGAUACUUCAUCAUUUAUAUAAUACAUAUCAUUGUCUUACAUUCAAGUCUUUUAUACUAUGAGCCGUGCCAUGGGAAAACCAACAUAGUGGCUUUGCGACCAGCAUGGAUCCAGACCAGCCUGC